AGCCUUGUUCCAGAAUGUUCCGAAAGAGUGAGCGGCGCCCAAAUAGAUCUGCCGUCUAUCCUUUUUUCAGUGUAAUAAAGUCUAUGCAGAUUUAAGUGUCUACGGUGAGGUAAUAAACAAGCAGACUAGCCAGAAGUAAGGUUUUAUGUUGCGGUAACCGUUAUUUGCAUUGUCCUGUUGGGCCGCACAUCGUCUAUCGAUCCUGGUUUUGCAACACACGUAUUUAGACUCAACCCCAACCGCCACCAAAUGUGUAAGAAAGCAAAAGGAUCUGGAGAGAUGAGCGAAAAGAGGCGACAGCAGAAUCGAGAAUCCCAGAGACGAUACAGUAAGCAGCCGAGGCGAUUGUUGCAACACCAAGUCUGAAAUCAUUGCUGCUAACACCAUCUCUUUAGGAGAAAGACAAAAGGCUGGGUCGAAAGAGGAAAGCGUAGAUACCGACCUUUCGAGCCUAAUUGAUUUGGAGAUGGAGGGCAUUUGGCCAGUGUCGCCGUCCAACCAUGCGGUACUGAACGAAGGCGUGAGCCAUUCCAACAGACUCUUGUUGGAUAUUUUGUCAGAUGCCGACGAGAUGGGAUACAGAGAGUCAUUUCAUCCCACAACCCCAACUGUACCACUGGGCCGGGAUCGAAGUCUUUCGAUCAGUUCUCCUGCCGUGGCACCAUUUGAAGCUUCAUUGGAAACAUUUAUAUCCGAUUAUACCUUCAACAGUAACAGCCACGCCCUACUCUUCUCAGGGCAUGGUCAUCACAGAACGGCCAGCACACCGGCUUCCAACACUGGACACUCCUUGUCGGACGUUACACCACAAACUUCAAGAGCCGUGGAAAUGAUUCUCGACGUGGAGCGGCUAUAUAACUUUGGAGUCGAGAUUGGGAUUCUGCCAGAAGACGCCGAGUCACGCCGCCUCCUCCAGCGGAUGAGGCACCAGUUUGCGUAUCUUGCAGCUUCGAGGGCAAACGGUGCAGGCACGGGCGCUAAUUAAUUUAAAUCUACGUCUAUUUAAAUCGAAACAGGGCUACCGUAAUCAUCGAUUAUUCUUCUUCACUUUUAGAAUAGAUCUUUACCACAG